CAUUCAGGAACCCAUGAUAUUACGGCGGCAGUGUGCUUACCUCUUGGUAGGGGAGGUCGGUCACGCCGUGGAGGCGGACCGUCCCGGUGAGCUGCAGUACUCUGCCAUGGAAGCCAUGCAGCCGCCCCCCUCCUGUGCUUCUGAAAAUACACGCCAAUGUCGAAGGACAAAUCGCCCAGGCCAUUGGACGGUCACUCACCUUUGUUCUUGGGCAAGUGCGGCAGCGUUGCGGCGGGCCUCGAACACUUGCUUCCGCCACCACUCUUGCCACUGCUCGGUGGUUUUCACGACGGGGCCUUGCGUGUUGAGCUGGUCGGCUAGCUACUGCCACAGCCGUCGGCGGUCGCCAGCAGUGAAGCGCGGCCCCAGCUCGCUGGAUCUUAUAGCCAGCUGGGGAUGCUCUUGCAUGAAGGCGACCGCCGUCUCCUUCUGAGCCUCCGACACGCGCGGCCCCUUCGCCGGUGCUUCUACGUUAAGCGCCAUGGCUUCAACUGAACGACUGAACCAACCGCUUCAAAAUUCGCGCCGUGUGCUUGAAACGGGGUGGUAGCUAGCGCCAUCACUAAACGUUUCGCAAAACUGCGACACCACCUAGCGCCAUUUGAAGACAUUAACCGCAAUAUUUUGUUUCAGUCGUUUUGCAUUCCAAAUUGAAUCUUUGAAAAGCAACACCAACACAUUUUGCUACUCACUCAUAAUAGCAAAAUAUUUCUCAACAUGUUGCAAACGCUUCUCAAUAUAUUAUACGGUCCCCAAGCAGACGUCAAAAGCGUGACGCAGGCUUCCACUUCGCUCACUGGCUGUUUGCUUCCUCUCGUUCUCGCGAACACUGCGAACCGCCUAUUUCGUGACGUUUAGAACGGAGGCGGUCCGUUCUAUUUUGGAACGCGUACAAGAUCGCGCUCCAGAAGCCAGGCGUGUCAAAGCCAAGGAAGUGGCUUGCGUGACUUGGGCCGGCACGUCGGCUAACAAAAACAAAAUGGGAACACGUGCAGCAAUGAAAAAAAAAUAAUAAUCUUUAUUACAAAUAAGCAAUUUGUACAGAUAUCCUUGCUCGGUUUGCUGAAGCCUUCCGUGAGCUUGUAUGGCAGAAACCUGGCAGUCAGGGCAAUGCCUUCUGUAAUCUUAUUACAAGCUAAACGUACUGAAACUAAAAAAAAAGAAAAAAAGAAAAAGGCGUCGCAGGUUUAUCAGGUAAACAUGACAAGAAAACAACACUUAAAUAAUUUAAAUAUAUAUGCUUAUGGAUUAGGGCCUGUAUUCACAAACGGAACUUACCCUUAACUUAUGACUUAAGUAGCCGGUCGAUGCUUAACGCGUUUCAUAAACAAAUCUUGUACUUAAAGUAGACUCUAAUCGACACUUGAGUGCCGGAAAGUAAAGUACGCUCAUUGGCAACCUUAAGUGCGACUUUCGCUACUCUCGCCUAGCAAGCAAGAUGGCCGCCUGCUACGGCAGCCUCGCCGACUUUGCCGAUUUCGCCGGAUGUGUGCGCAAUAUUACGGAGGAUGAGGCAUACCGAUUCGUGUCGCCAUUACGGCCACGGCUUAAGGAUCGACAGAAUCCCAUGGAAGUAUACAACGACGCGGAAUUCUCGUGGCGGUACCGCUUUUCUAAGCAAGCGGUGCUACGGCUGUUGGAAAUGCUGCCACUGGUCCCAAAAGACAAUGAACGCGGUCACCCCGUGCCGCCGCUGCUCCAGCUUCUAAUCGCGCUGCGACUCUACGGCGCCGGAACAUUUCAGGUUGUCACCGGGGACCUCGUUAAUGUUUCGCAAGCAACUGUGUCUCGAAUAAUUGCCCGAAUGUCAAGAACGAUCACCGAGACUUUGUUCCCGCAGCUCGUGAAGUUGCCAAAUGCUAAUGAUUUGGCAUCCCUAAUGGAGGAGUUCUACACCAUCGCACGGUUUCCUGGUGUGAGCGGGUGCAUUGACUGCACUCAUGUACCCAUCAGAAGUCCCGGAGGAGAUGAAGCGGAGGUUUUUCGCUGUCGAAAGGGGUACUUCUCCAUCAAUGUCCAGGCAAUCACAGGGCCUCGGCUUCAAUUUUUUGAUUUGGUUGCCAGCUGGCCCGGCUCAGCACAUGACAGCCGAAUUUUCGAUAAUAGUCGAGCCAGAGUGCAGUACGAAGAAGGGAAUGUGCCUGGCAUCCUACUUGGUGACAAGGGGUACCCCUGCACGUCCUAUCUCAUGACCCUUUUUCGAGAGAUACAAAGCAGCCCUCAGCACAGGUACAAGUGCUACUCAAGGACUCACUGCAGUGUUGAGAGGUCGUUUGGAGUAUGGAAGCGAAGGUUUCCUUGCCUUAAAAUGACUCUUCAGAUAAAAACAAGAUCAGUUCCUAUCGUCAUCACAGCUUGUGCUGCACUACACAACCUCGGCCACCUGCUGAGAGACCCUGUCCCACCUCCUGCACAAAGCCAGGUUCUGCUGGUGGCCUUCCAGCAUCAUCCCAUGACCAGUAGUCGGGCUCAUCAGCGGCGUCUUGACUACGUGCAGUAA